AUGGCGUUGACAUGGAGAAAGGCAUACCUGGAUAUAGUUUUGGUCCCAGUUGGGCUAUUGAUCAUGCUUGGAUACCAUCUCUUCCUUCUCUACAGAGUCCUAAAACUUCCUCAGACCACAGUCAUAGGCUACGAAAACCACAACAAAAGAGCUUGGGUUGAGAGAAUGAUGCAGGUUGAAGCAAAGGACCGAGGGUUAGCUCUCUCCGUGAUCAACAGCAACCUAUCAGCGGCAAUUUCCCUGUCUUCAAUCUCCCUAGUUCUGAGCUCUCUAAUAGGAGCAUGGAUCGGAAGUUCAUCCGAAAACAUUUUCACAAGCAAUAUUAUAUAUGGAGACACAAGCCCGUCAACCAUGUCCAUCAAAUAUAUUGCUCUACUUUCCUGUUUCCUAAUAUCUUUUGCUUCUUUCGUGGAAACUACUAGGUGCUUUGUGCAUGCCAAUUUUCUCAUAACCAUGCCAAACGCUGACAUUCCUGCAACCUACGUCCAGAAGGCAGUGACAAGAGGAGGUAAUUUCUGGGCAGUUGGACAUCGAGCACUCUAUUUCGCCACCACUUUGUUGCUGUGGCUUUUUGGUCCAAUCCCAAUGCUUAUUUCCGUGGUAGUAAUGGUGACAGUAUUGCAUAAGUUAGACACAAAUUCAAGCCCUCUGCAUCAAUAUCAGUCACUCCACAGGCAUAACCUUUUCAAGAAGAUUGGUCAGGAAAUAACUGCCAUCACUAGGACCAUUGAGCAUGAGGAAAUACCGCAUGGAAAUGGAAGCAGAAACCAGUUGUCCAACCUUGACAAUAGCCUGCAACUAAGUUGGCCUUCAAUCAAUCAGCAUCUAAGAUCUGCCCUAUAUUUGCAGGGUCAAUCAAUGGCCAAUAUCUCAUCUAGAUGGCCUGUUGAGUUCAAGUCUAGUAAGAAAUCGGACUUGUCAUGGAGGGCCUAUCAGUCUUCUGAAAAAUCCAAUGUUGUAAGCUUUAUGAAGCUUAUAGAUGAACCAGAGUGA